CUACUAAACUACACAAGGCACUAACAUAUAUAAACAAAGCACGAAGACACAUAAGUACACACAAACAAGCAACAAACCUAAACAAAAUACAAAAUUUCAUACAGCAAGUCAAUAAUCUAUCCAAGACACAAAUACAAAUACAGCCAAGUACAACAAUCGAAGAAAUAGAUGCAAUACUCAAAACAGCUCAACAACAAACCAAAACAGCAAGAAAUAUAGAAAACCAAACAGCAAAAAACCAACAUAUAAAAAACUGUAUAGAACGCAGAUACCAAAACUUUCAAAACAAUACAUCUAAGAUGAUAAAAAGCAUACUCAAAAAACAUACAGACCCUGUGAUACUACACAACAUCCGAACCCAUGACAACAUAAUUACAGAACCAGAUGAGAUCAAAACAGCAAUACAAGAACACUUCAAAAACUGGACAAAGCUAAACCCUACCCAAACAGAAUUAUGGCAGGAAUGGGCUAACGAAUACAAACCUAUCCAAACAAUAGACUCAACAUG